AUGACCGGAGUGGACGUAUCUGUCGCCCAAGACGGCGGAAUCUUGAAGGCUGUCCUUACCGAAGGUCUCGGCACCGCUACGCCUUCCUUUGGAUCUGAGGUUACCGUUCAUUACACUGGAACAUUGAGCGAUGGAAGUCAGUUCGACUCAUCGAGAGGCCGGGGUGUUUUUAAAUUCACGCUUGGGCAGGGACAGGUCAUCAAGGGAUGGGAUGAGGGUGUGAAGACGAUGAAGAAAGGGGAGCGCAGUGUGUUUACUCUUCGACCUGAGUACGCUUACGGUGAUGCAGGAAGUCCGCCUAAAAUCCCUCCAAAUGCGACGUUGACUUUCGACAUUGAGUUGAUCACGUGGAAGGCGGAAGAUAUUUCCGAGAACACUGACGGCUCCAUUCUCCGAACCUUUGUCAAGAAAGGCAAGGAGAGCUGGGGAAAUGUCGUGGAUACCGCCGAGGCGACCGUGAAAUGUCGAAUUUUGAAGAGCAACUUGGACGAAGUCGUUCAUGAUUAUGGGAAGAUAAACUUCCGAGUUGGCGAAGCUGAACUCGCAAAUUUGCCAGUUGGAAUAGACCAUGCUAUCAAAAAGAUGAACAGAGGGGAUGUAGCGAGACUGACGCUCUCUGGCCAGGCGGAUUUGAAGCCCGAAUGUAAAAAUGCGCUAGGGCUUCAUGAUCUUGGCGAAUAUGAAUACGAACUGGAAUUGGUUCAGUUCGAGAAGGUUCAGGAGCCUUGGGAAAUGGACGACGAAACGAAGAUUGAUCAGGCUGAGCUAGCAAAGUCGAAGGGAACGGAAAGACUCAAGGAUCAGAAGUUUGACUUGGCAAUCAAGCAUUACAACCGCGUUAUUACGCUUUUGGAUCAUCAAGAAACAAAGAACAACAGUGAAAAGUUUGACGAAAUUUCGGGCAAGUUCCGUGCGCUGAAACUCGCAGCUUACUUGAACUUGAGCUUAGUCUAUCCAAAGAUUCAAGAAAACUACAAGGCCAUCUCCGCCGCCAAUGAUGCGAUUGCCAUCGAUCCAGAGAAUGAAAAAGCUUUCUUCCGAAGAGGAACUGCAAGAAUGGCCGGAAACGACCUCGAACUCGCGAUAAGUGAUUUCAAGAAAGUUGUUGAAAUCAACAAGGAAAACAAAACGGCAAGCAAGAACAUCAAAAUCUGCUCCGAUCGUCGCAAGAAGCAAAAAGAAGAUGAAAAGAAGAAAUACGCCGGAAAGCUUUUCGGCUAA